AUGAAGGUUACGUUCAAGGACCUCAAGCAGCAGAAAUUCAUCAUCGAGUGUGAGCCCUCGGAGACGGUACGCGAGAACCCCACCCAGACUUUGCGCUCAACACUGCUCCCUGAACUUGGGAUGAUCUUCAACAUUCUGACCAUUACUCUUCAGAUCGCUGCUGUCAAGCAGAAAAUCUCGGAGGAGCGAGGCUGGGACCCGAAGCACCAGAAGCUCAUCUACUCUGGCAAGAUUCUGAAGGAUGAGGACACUGUCGAGUCGUACAAGAUUGAGGAGAAAGGCUUUGUUGUCUGUGUUGUGAACAAGGUGCGCCCUCUGACCGCUCUGGGUAGCUGGACUGUUGCAUUGAUCAAUCUCUCUUUCCGAUUCCAGCCCAAGGAGCCCAAGCCUGCGCCGGCGGCCGAGCCUGCUGCAUCCUCCUCUGCGGUCCCCGCAACCCCGGCCCCUGCCUCCGCCGCAACUCCUGCCGCCCCUCAGGCUCCCGCCCAGUCCAAUACUGCUGCUGCUGCUGCUGCUGCUGCUGCUGCCCCGGCGACUCCAACACCCGCUAGGAGCGGCGAGGCCGCUGGCAACUACAACGACCCGAAUGCCCUGGCACUCGGCGAGCAGCGCGCCGCCGCUAUCGAGAACAUGGAGGCCAUGGGCUUUGAGCGAUCGCAGAUCGAGGCUGCUAUGCGUGCAGCCUUCUUCAACCCCGACCGCGCUGUCGAAUACCUUCUGAAUGGUAUCCCCGAGAAUCUCCAACAGCCGGAGCAACCAGCCCACCAGGCCCCGGCACAACAAGCUGCCACGGCAGGCGCCGGCGGAGCACCCAGCGCUGGUGCUGGCGGUGACGAGGAAGGCGGAAUCAAUCUGUUCGAUCUCGCGGCUCAGCAAGGCCAGCGCGGUAGCGCUCGUGGCGCGGGCGCCGGUGCUGGCGCUGGAGCAGCUGCUGGCGCUGCCGCUGCGCAGGGACUCGGUAACCUCGACUUCCUUCGGCACAAUGCCCAGUUCCAGCAGCUCCGUCAGGUCGUUCAACAACAACCCCAGAUGCUCGAGCCGAUUCUGCAGCAGCUCGGUGCUGGCAACCCCCAGCUUGCCCAGCUGAUCGCCGCAAACCCCGACCAAUUCCUCGGCCUCCUGAGUGAGGAUGCUGACGAUGACGCUCCGCUGCCCCCUGGUGCACAGGCUAUCUCUGUGACGGAGGAGGAGCGUGAUGCUAUUGAGCGGCUAUGUCGUCUUGGUUUCGACCGCGAGCAGGCGAUCCAGGCCUACUUUGCGUGCGACAAGAACGAGGAGUUGGCCGCCAACUUCCUGUUCGACCAACCCGAUGACGAUGAGGGUGGCAACCCGCAGUAA